CGUGUGUGUGUGUGUUUGCUCUUCGUAUUCUGGGGCGGACCUUUGCGGUAAAAUACAUGUCCACCUCUUCGCCUCCGCCACAAUGACAAAUGAAGCGGGUUUUAACCGGAGGACUAUCUCCUAGAUGUGGGAUAUUUAAUGAUUGUUAUCUGCUAACGCCAAGCGCAGAGCGGAAUGGCUUUAAUGGAGAAGCCGGCGGCCGGGAAGCUCCUGCUGGACGAUACGGUUUCUCUGACGGCGAUAAUCGAAGCGAGUCAGAAUUUACAGUCUCACACGGAAUACAUCAUCCGUGUGCAGAGGGGAGUCUCUACAGAAAACAGCUGGACGGUGAUCAGGAGAUACAGUGACUUCGACAUGCUUAAUAAUAGUCUGCUGAUCUCGGGCCUGAACCUGCCACUUCCUCCUAAGAAGUUAAUCGGGAACAUGGACCGUGAGUUCAUAGCAGAGCGGCAAAAAGGUCUACAGGCGUAUCUGAACUUCCUCACGCAGCACCACAUCCUCUCCAGCUGUGAACUUGUCAAAAAGUUCCUCGACACCAACAAUUAUUCCGCAAACUACACAGAAAUCGCUUUACAGCAAGUGUCCAUGUACUUCAGAUCGGACCUGAUAUGGGAAGUGGUUGAGCCUUUAAAAGACAUGGGUUGGAGAUUACGAAAGCGGUACUUCUUAGUUAAAAACAAAGAGCAGCCCAAGGAGCGACAAGUCUUAAGCUGGGUCGAUUUCGGUCCUGAUAAGUUCUUAUCAGAUAAAGAUCUGCAGUCCAUGAUUAAGCUGCUUUCAUCCCUGGCUCACCCAUACAUCUGUCCAGUCACCUAUGCCUCAACUAUCGAGUCCUCAGCAGUAGUAAUCAGAAUUUUUAAUGAAAAAGGCACACUUAGGGAUCAUAUUUGCAAGGUAAAGCCAAAAGAAGCAUUCUUGAAGAAGUACUGCAACCCCAAAAAGAUCCAGGGUCUGGAGCUGCAGCAGAUCAGGACAUAUGGGAGGCAGAUUUUGGAGGCCCUGAAAUUCCUCCAUGAUAAGGGUUUUCCAUUCGGGCAUCUCCACGCCUCAAAUGUUCUAAUUGAGGACAACACGUGCAAACUGCUGGACAUAGAAAACUCCAUACUGGGACUUCCCUCUUACUACCGGCCUUAUGUUACCCAGUUCAGGAAAAUCAACACCACAGAGAGCAUUGAUGUCUACUCAUUUGGUCACUUGUUGUAUGAAAUGACGUAUGGCAGGCCUCCCGAUGCCGUUCCUGUGGAUCAGUAUCCCUCUGUGCCGUACACUUCAGUCGUCUCGGUCCUGCAGUCCAUCCUGUCCACUGAGGCAUGUAAAACAGGGAUGCCCACAGUUUCUCAACUCCUACAGACACCACUAUUCAGUGAUGUGCUGCUGUUCAACACAGAGAAAGCUCAGUUUAAGAUGACCUCCAAAUUGAAAGAGGCCUUGAAAUUGUCCAAAGAGUGUUUGGAAAAGCAUCUGCAAGAGGAACAGAGAGCGAUUCAGCAGCACAGGAGGCUGACACGGGCACAGUCCCACCACGGCUCUGAGGAGGAGAAAAGGAAGAGGAAGAUCCUUGCCAGAAAGAAAUCCAGACAGUCUGCUUAUGAAAAUGAGGAGGACUUUUCUGUCAAAUACAACAACAACUCUGGUUCAGGAGCAAGUUCUCCACCAACUUGUCCUUCUUCUCCCACUCCUCCACCUGCACCAGGUGUUCAGCCAGUGACCCUUCCACCACCUCCACCUCCUCCUCCUCCAACUUCUACAGGGAUCGAGUCCAGCCCUCCAUCCCUCCAUCCUCCUUCCGUUAAUGGCAAGGGCCGAAGCGCUCUCCUGAGCUCCAUUCAGACCUUCAGCAAAGGCCGACUGAAAAAAGCGGUGACCAACAAUUGCAGCAAUCCAUGCAUCUGAGCAACACUUUUUACGGUCCUUAGUUGUUAUCGUGUGCAAUUUGUCCUUGGCCCUCUUAUCCGAGGCGUCCAGGAUCUGAUCUUCAGGAGUGCAGAGAUGUUUUAAAACUGGACUGCUGGGGGAAACUAUUUUUAAUAUUUCACUUCCAAAUCGGCUUCAGAUCUGCGAUGGUCAUGCUAAAGUGUGUCGUAUCUGUGCUGCUAUGCAGGAUAUGACCUUGGAAAGUGCAUUUCAGCUGUCAGAUUUAUGAAUUGGACUUGCAUAUUUGUGGUAAAUAAUCCCACACACCCUACAACGAUGUUCCUGACCCUCAUAAAAUCAGCCUCCAGCUGCAGCACAUUCAUCAUGUGGUGUUUUCAAGCAGCUUAGAAGAAUUUGGGUUGUGUUUCAAACAGUUUUUAAUGCUUUGACUUUCACUUUUGGGUUUUACGUAAAACGCUGUGUAGGUUUUGUCUUUUAAUCCGUGCAUAAUAUUAUAGUACCUUCAAAUCGUGUCGGAAAUGCAGCAAUUAUGAGAUGAUUCAGAACUCGGUGACACAGAACAGGCUGAAAUGGCUAUUUUGACAUCUACGAUAGUUAGCCUGUUGAAUAAACCAAUUUCAAUGGUUGGUUUUAAGAAGGAAAGCUAAAUUCUGCAAACAGGAAUGCUAAACUGGAUUCUAGUAUUUAUUAGAUAAUUUAGUGAACCCUUGAGUCAUCCUGGAAGUGAGCACUACCAUCACGAUAAAAAUGUUUCACAGUAGGAUAGAUGUGCUCCGUCAGCAUAACAUUGUAUGAGUUCAACAGCGUAAUGAGUUCAAAUCCCGACAUUGCCACAGUCAUCUGUGGCUGGGAGCCAAGGGAGCAAAAUUGGCCAUGCUCUCUGAGUGGUGGGGAUGGCAUACUCCCUUGUGAAUCAGAGCGACAAUAGCCAAUCAUGAGCAUCUGUGAGAUCAUCUCUCUCUCUCUCUCUCUCUCUCUCUCUCUCUCUCGCUCGCUCGCUCUCUCUCUCUCUCUCUCUCUCUCUCUCUCUCUCUCUCUCUCGCUCGCUCUAAAUAUAUAAAUAAAUAAAAGAGGGUAGAAAGUGCUUUCAUCUGAGCCCACUGUGAUAUAGCAUGAGCAGCAGUUCAUAAAGAUGCAGUAGCUGGCAUCACGUCUCGGAGGAAGUACAUUUGACUUCACCCUCCCCAGGUGCUCGCUGUUGUGUAAUGUGAGAAAUAAUUAAUGGUGGGAAUUGGCAAAUGACGAACUUGGGAGUAAAUGGGAUUAAGAUAUUUUUUUUAAGAGAGAGAAAAACUUUACACUGAUUUACCCAGACCCUUCCUGAUAAGUGGAUAAGUGGACCGAAAUGCCAGCAAAAUGCCUCUAACAGCAUGAUGUUUUUCCUUAUAUUUGUCUUUUUAGAAGUCAUAACUCAUAAUUAUUGUAGCCUGACAUGAUGUAAACGCACUUAGAGAGUGGUUCUUAGUGGUUCUUUAAAAAAAAACAAAAAAAAAAGGAAUGAAAGUUAAAAGAAGAAGAAGAAGCAUGUUUGGGUUUGUGCCACAUUUUAACCAUUGUGCCUAUACAAGACUAUUGCUAGAAUUCCCAUUGCCAGAUUUAGGAGCUAUGUAUCUCAUUAUCCUCCUGUGUAGUACAAAAAUAGUGGAUAUUCCAUUUGAUCAGAAUGCUAAUGCUGAAACAGUGCACUCAGAGUGAAUCUUCGUAAUAUGCAGAAUGGAUAAACUUUCAGCUUGGUUGGUCAGGUAAUGUAUUUGUGACCAGCACAAAAAAGGAUUAGUGGAACAUGUACUUAUUUUUUUAUUUUAUUGCUUUUUUGCACCUUGUAGCUCCAGUGCAGAACGAACAUAGCUAACAAGUAGUGUAAGUCUCUCGAACCCAAAAUGUUUUCCAUAGUAAUAUCUGCCUCAAAGUACGCACAGUUCUUAAGACCUGCUAAGGUGUUUUGGGACACAGUAUGAUUUACUGUAAUCUAUUAACAGGAACAAGACAUUUUGUAUUCCUUGGUACAAUUGAUAUCAUAUCAUACCAUACCCUGGACCUCAACAAUUUUUUUUUUUUAUCAACAAAUACUUAAAAAUGUGGUUUAGAAAUAAAGGUGUGGGAAUCAGGAAUGGGAAACCCCCACCCUUGGAUCCAGUUAAAAUUUACUGGAGUGGGUGGACACAUUGAAUAACAUUGAUAACAGCAUUCACUCAUUCAUUCAUUCAUUCAUCUUCAGUAACUGGUUUAUCCUGCUCAUGAUUACAGUGGUUUAAAUGACAGAUUUUUUCAUAUUUUGGCAAAAACAACUAUCAAAUUUCAUUCGAAAAAUUUAGAAGCAGGUACAAAUAUAACUGCAGAUAUCGGCACGAUUUUGAUCAAACUUUCUGCGGGAACAGUCCGGAAUGGUCAGAAUUCCUUCGGCAGCAGGCAGAAGCACAAGUACUACCUUCCUGUUGAACAAAACAUUGAUGUGGUAUAGUCGUACCAGGUCCAGCUUCUCCUACCGGGGCAGAGUCAAGCCAAAAGUCCAGGAGGUGGAGACAACUCAGUGUGUUUCAGGCUGGAUAAGUGUGUUUAAUGUGUUGUUUCAUGUUGUGCAGCAUUAUGUGGGUUAGGGUUUGGAUAAGGCAUAUAGGAGGAGUUGGAUCAAAUCCAGCUCCACCCCCUGGAAUUUUGGUGAUUCUGAAGCCAAGACUAUCUCAGCAAAAGCAGGCUUUAAAAUCACAUCUAAUUUGAAGCAAAUAUAUGAAGAAAGGAACUAUGAUAUGGGAAGUGUUUGGGGGUGUGAUUGAUGUCUAUUACUUGUUGGUUGCAUUAUCCUUGUAGCUUCAGUGCAAAAGUAAGGAAUCAAAUGUCAGACUGGCUGACCAACUACAUUUAGGAUGAGCAAAAUCCUGUUAAUUCUAUUUUCUUUUCUUUUUUGCCCAAAUGUUCCUUAUGAAAAUGCCACAUAUUCAGAUUUGUACAAGUAAACAGGCGUUAAUGUUCUGAUAAACCAUAAUUAGGUGAUUAUCAUGACAUUGAACAUUAUGGCCCCUGCUGGACUGCACAAUUGUAACUCUCAGCCCAUCUGUAUACACACCCUUACAUGUUGCACUGCAGACUAUAAAACAUGGAGAGUUUUUCAGUGAUACCCACGAGUUACGUGUGUUUAGCGUGUACAUAAACCAUACCGAGGAGCAACAUCGGUUUCUCUGCAGCACUUUACCACUGUUUAUUGGUGGUCUUUGAAAAGAGGUAUAACGUUUACAUUAGAUUUAAUUAUGUUGAAAGACGGUAUGACUAGCGAGACAGUUUGAUUAUAUUUGAUAAGAGUAAUGAACACUGCACAUUUGCCACAACCACUGCUGCACGCACUGAAGGUGUGCAUCCUGUUUUUAAAAUACAAAUGUUUUUGCCCCCCCCCAUUAUAAAAAGUUGCGUUGACAAUGUUUUAUCCGUGAUAUCGUGCUUUUAUUUGUGAACUUUGAAGUAAAAACAACAAAAUGUUCUUUAAUGUUUUGCAGUUAUAUGUCAGAACAUCUUUUCCUCUAAUAUAUAGUUUAUCAAAGCACAUGUGAUUGUAUUGAAUGUGGCGUGCCUCAUUUAUGACCAUAGGGGUGAAGCUAGGAUCUGACGUUUAGGGUUGCUCAGCCCUUAAUGAGUGUUGCAUGCAAACUUGAAAAGCACUAGCUGGUUUUCAUUAUGGGAGCUGACUGAUUAGUGAUCCAACAAAUAAACUAAAGAAGGGGCUUUAAAAUGAGAAUGAAGGUGCCACACUGUACCGUGGACAAAGCCUGCCCAAAUUAUGGUCUUUUCAAGUUUAUAAAUGCUGUGUGUGUGUGUGUGUGUGUGUGUGCGUGUGCGUGUGUGUGCAUGCUUGGGCAUAACUAAGGCAUUUCAUGCUAUAAACCUACAAAAGAAACCAUUGUAAUUGAACAGUUGUCAAAGUGUUCAGGUACUUUCUGUUGAGCUUUUUAGCACUGUAAAUAAAAUCUUGAUUCCGCUUAUA